AUGGGAUCUUAUUGGUUACUGAAUGGCGCCGGUGCAAAAUUCCAUACACUAAUUGAAAUCACGCUAAUUGAGCAAGAACUUACGGACGAGGUGUUAUCAAGGCAAACACAGCAAACGAGACAAACAGAGCAAACGGCAACCUGCGCCGAAUGCGGUCAUUUCGCUCGUCUUUCCCUUCUUCUCAGUCAACAACACAACACUCACCACUCCUGGGAUUCUCAACACCGCCCAACAGUCCCCGAACGGUACAUUGUUGUCACAUAUCCCCGGCAGCUAGACGCCAUGAUAAACGCUGUACUGGUCUUUAAUAACAGUGGUCAGCCUCGACUGACCAAAUUCUACACCCAGCUUGACACACAAACCCAACAAUCCCUCAUCGCACAGAUAUACAACCUCGUCUCCCAACGCCCCUCAUCAGCCUGCAACUUCCUCCCCCUCCCCCCUUUGCUCGCCGAAGGCGCCAGCUCCAACUCCUCCAACGGCUUCUCCGAUGCCCCCACCCAAAUCACCUACAGAACCUACGCCACCCUCUCCUUCAUCCUAAUCUCCACCUCCACCGAAUCUCCCCUCGCCCUGAUUGAUCUGAUCCAAGUCUUCGUCGAAGCGCUGGACCGCUUGUUCGAGAACGUAUGCGAGCUGGAUCUUAUAUUUGGUUUUGAGACGAUGCAUGCGGUGCUUGGCGAGAUGGUCGUGGGCGGAGUUGUGGUGGAGACGAAUCUUGAGCGGAUUGUGCAAGGUGUUAAGAGUCAGGAGGGGUCAAAGGGGAAGCGGAAGGCCGUGGAGGCGGGGAGCACGGCAAUUGGAAGGGGGGGGGUUCCAGGGCUGGGGGUGCCUUGGAGAUGA